AUGGUUGCCAUGAAGUUUUGUGCAGCAUCUGUGGUUCUGCUUCUGCUCAUUGACCAGUCAGAAGUCUUUGGUCUGCUUCCCACCUGGGAGCGGGACCGCUCCUUCAGGACACGGACCAUGACACAGGACUCAACUGUGCCCCCGGAACUGCCCGUCAUCUGGACUGAGCUGCUGGGCUUGAGACAGCUGGUGCUCAGUCUACAGGCGGCGGUGGUGGAGCAACGUCAGUCCCUCAGGACCACCGAGAGCCGCAUGAGGGAUGGACAGGAGGUGGUGGAGAAGCAGAGACAACAGCUGGAUGCCAUGCACAUCCAGAUGGAUGUGGACCGGAUGCUGGUCCUCAGUCUACAGGCAGCUUCGGUGGAUCAGCACAACAUCCUCUGGACUAUUGAGACCCGCCUAAGGGACAGUGAAGAGGUGGAAGAGAAGCAGAGACAGGUUUUGGUCUCUCUGCAAGUCCAGGUGGAGGCAGACAAGAAGAUGGCGAGCGAAAUCAAUGCUGAUCUUAAAAGGAGGGAAGAGCACAGGCAAGAGGAAGUGGCAAGGCUGCACUCCAGAGUGAAUGCCAGUGAAGGUUCUGUGGAGGACUUGAAGAGGAAGACAACAGCCCUGGCGGACGAUCUUCCCUUCCUGAGGAUGAGGCUGAGGGCCAGCGAGCGCGCCUUAGACCAGCUCAAAAGGAAGAGCUCAGUUCUGGCGUCUCGACUUUGCCUGGUGGAAAAUCUGAAGAAGAGGAGCUCAGUGGCGGACGCUGAAGUCCAAGUCCAUCAGAACUCCAGCCAGGGUCACACAUCGGCCUUAAUUUCAGAAAAAGACGGCCAGCGGCAGGAGACAAAGUCCCGUGUGGAAACCGAUUCAUCGAAUAUACACCAAAACAUGAGUGCUUUCCAUGCUCGACUACUGCACCUCGAGGGCAAAAUGAUGACGGGUGAACAACACCUACAGGACAUUAGAGCUGCCGUAGUGAACACGCUGAAUGACACAGAGACACAAAGAGAAAGGUUGGAGGUGCAAAUGAAUGUGGUGAAAAAUCAUGUGGAAGACCUGUGGACUGAAAUAUCAGUCAAAUCAGGUCAACUUUCCAACAUGGAAGCGCAACUGGGUAACGCCUGCAACAACACUGCAGCUCUAGAAGGCAAUGUGAAGAUGGCUGAAGCUCAUGUGGAGAAGCUGAAGGUUCUCAGCUCAGCGUUGGAGGUUCGACUCAACGUCAGUGAGAGACUUUUGGAAGAACUCAAGACUGAAUGCACAGCAUUGGAUAGGCGACUGAAUGUCAGUGACAAAUUUCAGGAACAACUCAAGACCGAAAGCAGAGCUCAGACAACACGAGUUUCCAACGUGGAGUCACGAUUGACUAACAACAUCCACAGCACUGCAGCCGUGGAGGUCCGACUGAACAUCAGUGAAAAAAUUCUUGAAGAACUCAAGACUGAGUGCACAGCUUGGACAACGCACCUUUCUAACGUGGAGUUUCAACUGACACACAACAUCGACAAUACUGAAGUGUUGCUGAGAAGGUUAAACAUGAACGGGCAGAAGAUAAACAACUUGAAGGAGACAACUGAAGAUUUGAUGUCACGCUUGCACGUUUUGGAGCAGCAUGGCACACAGACAUCAGGUGAGACCAAGGUGGCCUUUGCCGCCGCGCUGACAGACUCGGGAUCCGUGGGACCCUUUGACCAGGAGACCACUUUGAUCUUCUCAAAGGUUUUUACCAAUAUCGGACGCGCUUAUGACGAGACCUCGGGUGUGUUCACGGCGCCCGUGGACGGCAUUUACGUGUUCAGUUUCACGGCGGCGGACUUCCUGAAAGGCUACAUGGGCGUCACCCUGUACCGCAACCAGCAGCCCAUCGUCUCCAGCCUGGACCUCAACGACCACGGCGGCUAUGCGUCGGCCACCAACGGCGCGCUAAUCCCUCUGGAGGCGGGAGACCGCGUACGUCUCAGCCUACCCGCCAGCUACAGACUAUACGAUGACACGCGCAGCUUUAGUGUCUUUAGCGGAUUCCUGCUUUUCCAACUGGAGGCCAACCAAUAAACUGUCUUCUUCUGCUUGUAAACAACGUGACAUAAUUGAUCAUACCCAGAAACGACGAGACAAGCGAACAUGCUAACAUAAUAUAUGUACGAUAUAUGCUAGCCACGAUCCAUGUUAACAUGCUUGCAUUUGUGU